GUAGAGAUUUGCAUCUUCCAAGGAGUAGGAGUAGGAGUAGGAGUAGAGAUUUGCGUCUUUUAAGGAGUAGAGAUUUACUGGAACGAUCGCGAUCCCGACAAUGUAUGCCCACCGGACGCUCUUGGAACAGGUGGAGUGCCUGGCGUCUGGGGCUGUCGUUCUGACAGGGCAGCAAAAAGCAGACCUAUCUCAGUCGCUGCAGCAAUUCGAGGAAACCUUUCGCAACCUCUUGAGCCAUGCGGCGCCGAGGGCUGAAGACCGUGCACAGGUGCAGGCCAAAGAAGUGAGAUUAAGAAAUGCGAGGCCUAUGCUUCUGGACGAACAGGACGUUCAAAUUGCAUUGAAGCUCAGUGAUGAUUACAAUCUUAAUGAGCUGGAUGCAGUGUCUCUCCUUGUGGCUGCGCACCAAGAGUGGAGCAUUGUGGGACGGGACCCGGUGGAAGUCUUACAAAUGGCUGCUGGUAUAUAUUUGGAACAAAGGCGCUGCCUCUUGACGUCGUUGAUGCUACUGCUCAGAGUUGUUGUGCUAGAGCAGGACCUCCAGCCUGAUGUCAUUGCAGAUGUGAGGGAUUAUGUGAUGGGCCUCCUUGCCACUGGUCUGCGGAAGAGAAUGAUCACACUUGUGAAGGAGUUAGGAAGGGAGGAGGGUGGAGGUAUCGGUGCGCCAGAGGCUGAACCGCAUGUGAUGGACAUGAGGGGGGUGUUGGUUGAGAGGAAGUUAACAGUUCAUCGUGAAAGGGCGCUUCUGUGUCAAUGCAUCAUAUACUCUUGCCUGAUAGAUUCUAUAGCUCCAUCAACUGCGAAGGACUUGUUUGCGCUGCUAAAAGAUUGUGCCUUAGAUUGGAGUCGAGAUCAAUCGAAGGUCAAGCGUCAGAUCGCAUACACUGUGAUGUUUGCCUUGGUGAAUUCUUUGAUAUCAGAUUCUUUGGGAGGAAUCGAAGGGGACGUGUCCGUUCUGGCAGCUGAUGCGGGAUUUCGACAUGAUUUUCAUGAGCAGAUUAUGGCCAGCCCAUCUCCAGGAACAAGGGAGGGAUUUGUAGCGGUUGUGAGAAUGGCUUGGACCGUAUUCAUUGUGAACACUACCGGAUCGGCAUCUACAGGGACUCUAGGAGCACAGAUGUUGGUGGAUGAUUCGGCGGCAAGGGCAUGUUUGGACAGGGCAAUCGAAGGGAACUCUAUCCACUUCCUUGUCAAUGAUAUCUUGCGAACUCCGGCUUUCCAGAAUGACGAUCCAGAUCUCAUCAACAUACACAUGGUCUACCUUCACAAGAUGCUGCUCUGUUUCUUUACACACUCUGUCGGUCGAGACAAGGUGAAAGAUAUGAAGGACGCAGCAAUACACAACCCUGACUUGGACGGAUUCUCGAAUGGAGGUGUGUCGUUGGAUGCCAACAACCGGCAGCAACCUCGCCAGCAAUCUCAAGCUCAGCAGCCGGUGGACCCCUUCUUGUCGUUCUUAGAUCUUGUGGGGGAAGUAUACCAGACAAAUCCAGAUCUUAUGGUGGAUAAUCAACCUCUGUGGAUGUUUGUCAUGUACGCUGGAGAAGAUCACAGAGGUUUCCGAACGCUUGUUGCAUUCUUGGAGAUGCUUACAGCUCUAGCUACGAGUGAAGUGGGGGCAAGGCAGGUUCAUGGAUUGCUUCAGGGGCGAACAAUGCAGAUGGUCAGCUGGCAUACACUCUUCCACUCACUCAAUGUCUUCGAUUCAACAUUUCGGCAAGCGGAGCAGAAAACUGGCCGGCUGCCUGAGUUUCGGCUAGGUGAUGCCAAAGCUCUUGAGGCAUACCUUCGUGUGCUGAAAAAGGUUAUGGAAGAAGGGAAGGAGUCCGAAAGGGCACAAUGGUUUCCAGAUAUCGAGCCUCUUUUCAAGCUGCUCCCCUAUGAGAAUGUUCCUCUGACAUUGAAGGGUGCGCUGCGGAAUGCAAUUGCAGCAUUCAUACCAGUGUCAGCUGCAAUGCGAGACCAUGUGUGGGGGCUCUACCUGAAGUAUGAUGUGGUCCUCACUGCGCCAAUCCAAGCAGGACCGUCUGCAAAGCUGACAUAUGACAUGGUGUAUGAGCUCAAUGAGGUGGAGGCAAGGAGUGAGGAGUAUCCCUCGACACUCUCGUAUCUCGGCCUCCUUAACUCUCUGAUAGCAGCAGACACUGAGCCAUCAGACCAAGGGAGGAGGUAUUCUGCAGUCUUCCGAUUUGUGAGGGAUCAUGUCUUUUCCAAGUAUGCUCAAAGAGGUUACGCACAAGUGAGCCAGAAGUGGGAAAUCGCAGUUGCUGCUCUGACUCACUUUCACAGGUGGCUGGCAGAAGACUGGUUUGGGGCUGACCAGAAGCCCCCACCCCAUGGGGUGGUACAGUCAAUUGAUCGAAUAUUGGCAUAUGAUAACCGGCAGAUCGUAUUCCUUCUAGAGUAUGUUCGAUACAAUGCCUGUCCUGACAUUCAAAAAAGUGCAAUCCGGAUAAUGAGCAUCUUGAGUGCUUGUAUACAGCGGCUGGUUCCUAUUAUACUGGAGGCUAGAGCUGUAAGUCCUCUUGUCGAGGACUAUGCUGCUUGCCUGGAAGCUAGUGCAGAGCUAUGUAACAUGCCAGAGGAGGGUGAAGAAGACGAGGGCGGAUUCUUGAUUAUGCAGUUGCUUCUUGCCAAUCUCGAUCGACCGGCCCCAAAUGUGACCCAUCUGCUGCUCAAGUUUGAUGUUGAAAAUGGGGUUGACACCUCAUUUUUGCAACCACGGCGGGACUACAGUUGUCUGCGAGUUAUUCUUGAUAUUCUGGACUCGUUGGCGCGGCCAAAGGAAAAUUUCCGUCUUCAUGAGUUCGGUUUCCAGCUUAUGUAUGAGCUAUGUGUUGAUCCAUUAACGUGUGGGCCAACCAUCGAGCUCUUGCGAAACAAGAAGUACGAGUUCUUCUCAAAGCACUUGUUGACCAAGGCAUGUGAGCCGCUUCCAAAGAGGAGCACUCAUCAAGCCCAGCGCGUUAGCAGUCUGCAGCAGAGGGCUUGGCUGCUCAAGCUGGUGGCACUGGAGCUCCACGUGGCAGAUGUCGACAUGUCGGCACAGCGGGACAGCUGUCGGGAUCUUUUGACACAGCUAUUCCGCAGGGAACCGCUACGAUGGGAAGAAGGUGGUGCUGGAGGACAAGACAGAAGUCCCAUUGGCAAUGGCGCACUUGUCAUCUCAGGCAUGGCGAACGGUGGACUCGAGGAGCUGCCGAAGACCAAGGUGUUGGAGCUACUUGACAUCGUGCAGUUUCAGCUGCCUGAACCGCACGUCGACUUCCCAAGGGAAAUGGAGCAAAUCCGUGAAGAACUGGCGGUGACAGACAUAUUAGCAGAUUCGGCAACGGUGGAAGAGGGAGGGGUGUACAAAAUAUCAGAGAGAGGAGACAGGCUGAUUGAUAUCGAUGCGCUUAAGGCAGCACUAUGGCAGGAGUGUAAAAGGCUGGAGACGUUCUACAAUAUAGGUGGCAUGAUGGAGGGGCAGAGACAGGCAGAGCUGAGGGAGGUGGUGCAGAGGCUGAUCAAGUGGGCAUGGAAGAGAAACAAGCACAUGGAAGAACAGGCAGCUCAACUGCACGUACUGGUUGGCUGGGCGCAACUUGUCGAAGUUGCUAUUUCAAGGCGUUAUGAUUUUCUGGGGAACAAUGGCCGACCGCAACUGCUUUUUGAAGUUCUUGAUGCCGCGCUGAAUGCCGCCAAGUCUCCAGAUUGCUCACUGAAAAUGGCCUUCCCUAUCAGCCAGGUGGCAAUGACGGUUAUGGCGAAGCUCCGGGAGCAGAUUUACUCUUCCCCGGGUGCCGGAGACAGUACUGACGAUGUCUCAUGUGUUGACCUCCUGUCGGCAUCCCGGCUUGCAAACAACGCAUGUCAUACGAUCCUAAUGAAGCUAGUUCAACUCAUUCUGAAAGGUGAUACAUCAGAGCCUCUGCGCCGCCGCAACACUCUAAAGUGUUGUUUUUCUUUCUUUUUCCUGCGUGUCGUAUGCGACGAUCACCAGCUGGAUAAGGAGCAGGCAGAACUAAUUCAAGGGAACUUUGCCAUUCUACGGAAGGAAGCGAUGGCGCUCACGGAUGUGGCGGCAAAAGACGCAACUCAUGGCAGCGACGUGGGUAAGGCGUUGGCGUUCUACGUGCUGGAGGCCCUCCUCAGCAUUGACAAUCAACAGAUCUUCUUCAACCAGCUGCUGAGCAGAGGAUUGCUACAAUCUUGUCUUGGGGAUGUUAGCACAUCAUCCUACCAGGCAGUGCUUUUCCCCUCGACGGAGUCGUUGCGAAGACUGUACACAUUGGAGGCGGAGUUGGCACUUCUGAAUCGUGUCGCUCAUCACAACAGAACCAAAGGGGCGCAAACGCUAAUGUCGAUGGGCAUCUUACAGUAUUUGGCAAACUGCAGGGCACUGGAUGUUCAACUCCAUGAUGGCCAAGAAAUGGACUCGGCACCGAAGGUCGCGUUGAUGGCUAUCCCGUCGCAGAGGGAGAGGCAUCAUCAGAUCCUCACUCCUGUUCUUCGACUUGUUUUAGCACUUACGACUCUGAUUGAUGUAUCUGGUAGCAAUCCCGACCAGGGACCAGACGAGGUUGCUUUGCAGAUAAUUGAAUUCUUGAAGCAGCACGAGGGUAUAACUCGGAGGAUGCUCGACGACGCACGAUCGACGGCUCAUCCUGCCGAUUUGGAAGAGCUUCAGCUAACUACUGCCAUUCUGGCCAAGGUGUGGCCAUUGGAAAUUCAGGAGAAGUUCCUCUUCAUGAUGCAGCUGUUCCAACUUUCACAGUUGUACUUUUCGCUUGACGCGGAUUCGCGUAACAAGUACAUUGUGAAGAUCUGUGAGUCGAAGUCGAACUCGGAGACCUCCACAGAGACACGCGAGGUGGUGAGGAAAUUGGAGCAUGGUGUGGCACGAGUGCGGCGAAACCUCGUUAGUUAUUUGAGGACUUUGGUGACGAAGCAAGGACAUGUCUUCCACUGCUUCAGGACUUCGACGAGAAUGGAGGGCCCAUCUGGCAUUGGAACGCGGCGGGAGAUUGCACAGCCAACCCUGAAGAACAUUGCGGAUCUGCUUCAGCAGAGCACUCAGGACUUGAUGGAAGUCUUGGAGGAAAAAGGACUCUUGUUGACGAAGUUGCGAGACGUCAACGAGCUUUCGCGGCAUGAGGUUGACGAGAUCAUCAAGGCGUAUGCUGUGCAAGAUCUUUCCAGCUCGUCUGACACGAUCCGACGCAGGCGGUUCCUUGGAAUGCUGGAAAUGGUCCGAGCAGCCGCUUCCAGAGAAUUGCAUCUGACAGAUCUGCUGGCGAUCAUCGAGCAUGCUCUUGAGAUUCUAUACAUUCACUUUGAUAUUACGCAAUCGUCCACGGCGCCAAGAACGUAUCCGGCGAUGAACUCUCCUACGCGGAGUGGGCCGGGACAACGGAGCUUGAGAACCCCGAGUCGGAACGUCGUUUCCGGCGAUGACAAUGAAGGGAUCGGCAGCAGAGAGGACUUUCAGCGACUUGGACAGAGGCUCCUACCAGUUCUGGAAGUGCUCGAGGGAUUGACUGAGGUACGACUCAGUCGCAGCACGCAAUACCUUCAACAUGUUGUCCAUGGGCUGAAGACAAGUAUACUCUACGAGAGCGCGCAGUUGCCGUAGCAACACACAAUUGCACUGCUAUGUGUUUUUUUUCUUCUGAGUUUUUUCUUCAGACGUGUCGGAAUGCAAGACGGCGUGUGCAUACCGAGGCGCAGCGCGGCAAACCCCUUUUAUGAGUUGAUUGUCGGCUGUAUAAAAAACCUUUAACUAAAGGUUAAGUCCCUUCAGUCAAGGCGAGGCGGUUUUUGUAGCUUAGGAUUGCGAAGAGGUCGACCCGUCAGCGCGAACCGA